CUCCCGGUCUUCCCCGGCCUCUCAGGCGCCGCCCUCCCCGCCAGGGUCCCCCGCACCUCCACCGGGGACCUUCGGGCGACCCUUCGGCCACACUGUCACGAGGAAACUUUUGGGUUGACCCUAGCCGACGGCCGAGCAGCGAGGGAUGGACGCGCUGUCCUAGCAUCCUCCGUGGCAGAAACCCCCAGAACUUCAAGGAUUUUCUUGAAAUGGCACUCUUGGAUUUGUUUGAAAUAAAGGAUCUUGUGUCUGGCUGUGCUUAAUUGGUCGUUGGUAUCUCAACAAGCAUGGAGAUAAGGUUAGAAGUUUUGACAUCAACAAGUAUCAAGCAGAAAAAACCCUGGCCCAGAGUUUCCUGGUUGGGUCAAGAGAAUGAAGCUGUUUUUCUUUUGGAUGAGAAAUGCAUAAAUGAGAUUAAUUUGCUGUCAGGAAGAACAAAGAAGAAAAUUCCUAGUCUGCAGCCUUUAUUGAAGGAUGUCUAUUUUCUGGCAACAUCCAGUAAUGAUGUGUGGCUGUCUGGGGUCCUCACUACAGGAGAGCUUUUCCUGUGGAACAAAGAUCAAGAUUGUUUGAAAACGAUACAAGUGACUGAAAAGCCUAAAGAAGUUAUUAAAGCGACAGUGGCAAACUCUUCAAGACUGUACUUGUAUGUAGCUGAAAAUGGGAAAAGAGUUCUGCUUAUUACAUCUUCUGGCUUCAUACUUCUGUGGGAAUGUUUGGAAAUGAAGAAUAUCCUAUCUUCUAAAAGCCUCCCAUUGGUGGGUCAGUGGUCCCAAAUCAUACCCGAAGAAGCAGUUUUAUUGCCUUCCACUAAAGACAAAGAAGCUGUAGUGGAUGCUGUUUUUGUCAAAAAUGAGUUAUUUGGCGACUGCUGCCUGUGUUCUUUUACUUUUUAUUCUGGAGAAUGCUUGAAGUUAACAUUUCUGGCCCUUCAGUGGUAUGAGAAUGUGUUUACAUCUGUAAGGUCAUUGCCGUUCCGUGUUCACUGGGCACAACAGGAAUGUUUCCUGAGUAGUCUGACUCCUAAGUGUGAGUCAGUGAAGUCAAGAGGAGCUCUGCUCUCUGCCUUCUCAAGAGAUGGCCUUGCCCUGGCAGUAACUCUUAAUCAGAAAGACCCAAAGGCAACUCAGGUAUUGUUUAUAAACACACUGAAUUUCGUUACUCUCUGUGGUGGCCUUAAAGGAUGUAGUAAUAAGAAUCCUAUGGUCCCAGCUACACUUACUAGGUCAUACUGGGUAGGUGACAUCAGCUGGACACAUGACAGUCUUUUUCUGGCUUGUGUAUUAAAACGUGGCUCCCUGGUUUUAUUGACCUGUCUAGGUGAAUUGCUAACAUUAGUUACACUUGGUUGCUCUAUAGAAUUUGGGCCAGCUGAAUUUAUUCCUCUUCAUCCACUAAUAACAUAUAGACCACAGCAGUUUACAUUUCAAGAUCCAAAUAAUUCUGUAGAUUCAUCAGCUUCUGACAGUGACCCUCUGAGACAGAGGUUUUCUAUAAAAGCACACUCACGGCUACCCUACCUUAUUAUUUCUGAUGGAUAUAUGGUUACAACCCUUCGGUUUCUUGAUAACCAGUCUCCAACAGCGCUCAUGAGGUCGUUGCUACUUGAUUCAACCCAGAGGCUUGAGAAAGCAUAUCAAAGUAUGAUGCUAUGCAAGCCAAAGGACAAAGGGCUGAACUUGAGAUCACUGGAUUCCUUACGGUCUAGCCUGUUAAAGCGUCAAGGAAAGGAGGGGUCAGAACAUGGCACUGUCCCCAGAUUUCUGCAGGUAGAAGAAACAGUGAAGUUAAAUGAAACUACAGAUUUCCAGGAUUUCGAAGGAGAAGAAGCUAAUGAACAAUUUUCAAACAACUCACUUCCUUUUUGUAACCAAAGAAAAGAUCUACUGUUUGACACUGUCAGGGAAGGAAGAUUAGAAUUUGCAUCGAUGUUUGAUACAGUUCAUGCAGAGGAUGAUUCCAGGGAGACAGACAGAACCACUGCAGAACUGCACUGUAUCCAGAAAAAACUGCUUGCAGCUUGGACUAUAGGAAUUUCAAAAAAUGUAACGGAAAAAAACUUAAUGUUAAAUUACACAGUGCUUUGCAUCACUCACUUUUUCUAUAUUCUUCAGUUUACGAAAUGUCCUUUGCCUAAGUAUGACCUGUGUUUAAGUAAGAGUCUGAAGCAUAAUGCGUGGGUACUUUGUAUCUUUCAACUUUUCCAUCAGUGUUUAUCAGUCUACUAUUGGGAUAUAAGAUACGGACAAGAUAUGGGCCAUUUGAUAAAGCUGACCUCAAAUACUGUGAAGCUUUUACUGACUGAGCAACAAAAAAGUGGAUUCUUCUCUGAGAUGCUGUUAGCCUGCCUUUCUGUGCUCCGAAUGGUCGCUGACUGUUUAAAUGGCAUCUGCAGUCUUCAGCCUGAGACUGUUUCAGCGUCAGCUGGUGAAAGCGGAACAGCUGAGCUGGACUCAUUGAUGGUACCUAUUUUUCAAGCUGCUAAGGAAAGUUGGUCCUGGGACUCGUCUUUAAAUAUUUAUCCUCAAGUUACAAAUCUUGUUCAAAAGCCAAGUCACAGAUUGAUUGCUCUUUGGAGAUUAUUAUACAGAAAAACUUUAUGGUACCAAGCACAGUUAAGCCGAAGAAUUCCUGACAGUGACAGACAGUUACCUGAAAAUGCAACACAUGAAAUCUCUUUUGUCAAGAAUCUGUUAUGUCAUCUACAGACUAACCUGCAGAUGGCUGGGGGCAGCUUGCAUCAAGCCUUAGAACUUAAACCUACCAAUGGUGAAGAGUGUUUUCUAUUAGGCUCAUAUGAAAAAUCAGUUCGUCUGUGGAAGAAGGCUCUACAGGAAACCCAAGAGAAAGGAGGAAGAAGGACAUGCUUUCUUCAGUUACGGUACUAUCUCUCUCUCCUGUACUGCCACCUCUACCGCUACAAUUUGAACGACGCCCAAGGAUUAUGUGAUCACCUAGUAAGAGAGAUACUCAGCUGGUCCCAGUUACCUGUGAAAGAACGUAAAGAUUGCUCAGGUUCUGAGAAGUCUCAUUGUGAGCUUGCAGUGACUGGAAAUGUGCAUCCCGAGGCAGCGGUCAGAGUUGUCCAGUGCAUGGCCCGUUUCAUGGCUGCCUAUUUCACCAAUGAACCGCUCUGCAUUCUCCCGCCUCACAGUGUGAAUGUUCUCCCGCCACUUCAUAUUAAAACAGAGCAUUCCCUACGACUUAUUCCUCUACAACACUCUAAGGUGGCCAGUUUUGUUAGAGAUCAGAAUCUCUCAAAUGUAUGGACAGUUGAAUAUGCUCUCGAAUUGUUAUUUAUUGGUGGCCUGAUUCCAGAGGCUGUGUGGUUGGCACAUAAACUUGGAGACUGGAAGACAUCUGUUUCCAUUGGUGUGGCCUUCCAAGUUUUCAGUAAACAUAAUCGCAAUUUUGUGAGGUCCAAGAAAAAGGGUAUGGAGCUACCCUUAAAUAUGAUACCAGCACAGAUUUUUCAGGAAAAACUGCAGUGUUUUUUAGGUCAGCCAGUCCCUUUGGAAGCAAAAAAUGAAAAGAGCUCAAAAUAUAAGCAAUUUACAGAUCCCAUUGAAGAAGAAGAUGCUAAUGUGCUGUUUGGGUCUGUGCAAGAAGUGCUGAAAGCGUCAGUCAUGGCUGACGCAGACAUUGUUUCAGAGACGCUGCAGCUUUUGGUGGACUCUGCCAAGGACUUCAGUCGGAAGCUGUGGGGCUUAGUGCCCGUCGACUUGUACCUUCCAGCACCUCCCUUGUAUUGCCCCCAGCCAGCUGUUCUUAGUGAAGAACACGGUGACAAUCUUCUUUUAAAGGCUGAAAAAGAUAAUCGCCAAAAGCUGUCUGGAAUCCUGCAGCGAGUCCUCCUGCUCUUCCGGGCAGCUCGAUGCUCCUUUUCUGUAGCACAGUGGUACAUCUUGCAGCUGAGGUGGGCAAGAAAAGUCAUGCAGAAGAUUCGAUCGAAAGGAUCUCUGCCUUCACUUAGCUCUUUCCCUGAGUCCUUACUUAAUUACUGUAAAGGAGGGAUAGCAUUCUUCAGACCUGGAGCAGCUGGAGACCACAGGCUUGAUGAAGUUUCCAUCAAAGCACUAGGUUGCUUCAGAGAGCUUUGUGCUUUGUGCUGGAUGUUGCAUAUCCGGGAUAAAUUAUCAUACAGUUGCAGGCAGUAUCAGAAGGCAAGAGAAAAUGUGAAGGUAGAAAAGGACCUCGAAGUGGAAUUUGAUUCUUGUGUGGUUGAGCACUGUUUUCAUGCACUGGAAUGGGCCUAUAGAAUGCUGCCAUUCUCUCGGUUUUUUAAUGUGGAAGAACUUAUUCAGGAUAUAAUUUUGAGCCUUAUUGGAGAACUGCCACCAAUCAGGAAGGUAGCAGAAAUUUUUGUGAAAGCAUUUCCCAAUCCUGAGGCCAUAAGGGUUCCUUUAAGAGAAAAAUACCACUCUCUUCAACAGAGACUCAGACAUGGUGUUGUGAAAGGUCCUCAGACUGAGGAACUGAUGUCUGUGGUCAUGCGUUCUGUCCAUAAAGUGAGGGUGAAAGCCCUGAAACGUGUGCAGAGGAACAUAGGUGCUGCUGAAAUGAACAUCUGGGAACCAGAGGAAGAGGAGAAGCCAGAUGCUGCUCCAGCUUCUGACAGGUUCUCCCUGGGGACUAGUUGGAGCAGAAGUACACUCACAGAACUGGGCAGCUCCCUGGUGCACAGUGAUGUAGAUACAUUCUCUGAAACCGUGUCUUUUGAAGAAAAAACUUGGAUACACUUUUAUCAAAGACAUGCCCCAAGUCAUAUGGAAUUGACACUGGCUGGUGAGCCCCGUGAUAAAAAGAAAACAUGUAAUCAGAAAGAAGGCUCCCAAAGGAGAGAAGGUCAUGAAAUGUUAGGGAAAAAAGCACUUCCUACAGUUGGUGUCUGGGAAUUUGAGCGUGAUGAUGAUGAAUAUAUUAACUUCCUUGAGCUCUUCCUGAGUUAUGUUCUUGAAAGAGACCUUUGUUCCAGUGAUCCUGGCAUUCCAUUUUUGACAAGUUUUUCUGGGCACCUUAGAGAACAUGAACUUAACUCUUUACUUUUUGAUGUGCACACAACAUUAAAACGACGCCAGAGCAAAACCAGAAGUGAGAAUGUGUUUAGAGCUGGGUCUUGCUUUGCUGUCGUUCCUGAGUCACAGGAGUGUGAAAAACUGUUCUCUCUAAACAGCGUGCGUGCCCCAAAUUUAGAAAGCCAGGCACUUUCAGCUCGAGGACCAGGUAACCAGUCAGCGAGCACUUCAGAGAACCCUCCACCUGAAGUCCCGAAAAGUGAAAGAAAGGCGGGAUUGUUUGGCUUAAAACAGAAGCCACUUUAUAGAAUUCAGGAUGAUAAAGGAGAGAAGCCUGUAAGGCGGAGACCAUCAAGGCACUCCUUGUGGACUCCCAAGUCCGUUGAAACUGGGGGAUACGGUUUCCGAGCAGUUGAGUGCAGUGUGGCCAACCCCCAGGACGACCUCCCUCCGGCACUUGGGAACAUGUUCGGCCCUGUCGGGAGACUGGUGGAGUGGAUGGUGCGGUGGUCUGAGCGGAGACUCCUCUGUGACUCUGGAGUCACUCUGUCGUCCUCCAGACACGGUCCAGUAAUCCGUGUCAAAACCUCUGCAGCUGCCAUUCUGACCUCGUUCUGGCUUCUGGAGCAGCCCUACCGUGCCGCACAUAGGACAGAAAACAGCGUCACUAAGGUGCUGGAGAAUCAUUCCACUGACUGUCAAGUGGCACCCGAGGAGAGCCACGCUAACAACGACUCCCCAGCUGCAGCAGCAGCCCAGGCUGGAACUGAGGGGAGAAACGACCAGAAUGGACGCUGUCAGAGCGUCUGGAGCAGAAUGCCAGCUGAAGCAGAAAAUCCUGAAGUGAACGAAAUUGAUGAUGAGAUUACUCCUGUCACUCGUAAGACUGAGGGAGAAUUUGUAGAUGUUGAUGAGAAUCAUUCAGAAAUAGAAACAUUUACACAGGAUGAAAUGGAUAUGCACAUCUCUGACUGUAAAGAAGGACCUGUUGGGAGUCUCCGAGACCCCAGUGUUGUCAUCUGCAUGCCAGUGUCACAGCUCUCACUGCAGCAUUCCACAGAAGAGGCUGAAUGUCCCAGGAAAGAACCAUUGGAGACGAAUGUGGAUACACAAUUGACAGAACAGAAAGGUAUGAUUGAAGCCUUGUCAAAUUCUGAACAUACCAUUCCUCAUUCACUUCAUAUAGAUGCAAAUUCAGAAGCUUCUAGUGCACGGAUUUCUGAACUGAAAGAUCAAUCUUCCUCAGUUCCACCUCUCAUGUCAAGUGGAGACCCUGUCACUUCACAAACACCUGCUGCAGCACCUCAGAAGACUCAGAGAAAUGAACACAGGGUUCAGCUACCAGAUUCUUCUGAUUCUGUUAGGCAGAUGCUCCAAGAAGAGAUGUUUAAAUUAGUUCAGCUGCAACAGAUCAAUUUCCUGAGCCUAAUGCAAAUAGUAGGACCGUCUGUCGCUAAUCUCCCAGACAUGCAUCAGCUUCUUCCGCAGGUUCAACCUGUGCGUGUUGGGGAAAAUCAAGCAUCAAAGCCCACAAGGAGUGGUUGUACUGAAGCCAAGGGCAGACAGAGAUUUUGUGCUAAAGCAGAGUCCAUGAGAGAGUGCACCAGGGAGCCUGGCGUGAACAGCCCACCAGACCACAAAGGAAUCAGCCAGCCUGAUCAAGAGAGUAAUGGAAACACACAGGAUAUUCCACAUGGGAGUAUUCCUUUGUGUCAGUUAGAUGGCCAACCUAAGCUGAGAGGACAAAGUGGAGCACCUCAGAGCUUUGAACCCUCUUCCUUUUCUCCCGCUCCUGCCGGAGAUACUGGCCUCCAGCUUCUGUUCACACCUGCUGCUGUGCAGAAGGCCCCUCAGCUGGUUCCACCUGCCCCGACAGUCGCCCCUGGGAGUGCUUUCCCUUUGCUUCAUUUUCAGCCCAAGCAUGAAUUCAAGCCCAUUUCCUUACCUCUAGGAAGAAUUCCAGAAGUUCCUUUCAGACCUCAGGCCCAACCAAAAAAGGCCUGGGAAUUAUCUGAUUCUUGCCAGCCUCCUCUGUCUCAGAGAAUGGUGCACAGCACUUCCCUAUGCCAUUCAAAUUCAAGCCACUAUAACGCUGUACUCAGAGACAUCCCUAAGCAUGUGAACUUGGAUCAAUAUGUUGGACAACAAUACUUGACACCUCAGCAGGAUUCUGCAGUAUUUAUAAAGCCAGAAAAUGUGUUUGAUGUUAAACCAGGGCCCCCUGAGACAGUUCCUCAGAAUUCUUUUGGACUUCCUUUAUUACACCUGCAAUUUAAGCCUCCUUAUAUAUUCUCAUCACCAUCAAGAGCAUCAAGUAGAUUGCCCUCAGUACCUACCAGAUCUGACACAGAAGGAAAACAGUAUCCACAGCUAUCAUUACUUCAUUCAUGUUUGCCCCUGGAGAACACGUACAAGAAGCCCCAACUUAUCCCACUUGAAAACCUCAUGGCAUUUAAAAGAAGCCAGCAAAAACUAGCACAUAAUGUAUUUGCACAAGGUGAUUCUGGUCAUGUUCAGCUUCUAAAGGUCAACAUGGAACCAUCUAACAUAACACCAGGGAAGAAGAGGCAAAGCAGACGAGCUGAAAGAGAGUUACAAGAAGAGCGAGCUCAGAAGACAAGAAGAAAGCCAAGUGUUAGUUUCCGACCAGAGGAUUCCCUCAUUAGUAAUGGGUCAGAGGUCAUCAUGGAACCCAAGGAACAACUAGGACAUUGUGAUUCUCAACCUUUGGAAAAAUUUGAAAUUCCUUUUGAAAUGUUAGAAGAUGAUGUUAAUACUUCAGCUGGACUUCAUUUCCUGGCCUCUGUACGAAAGAAAGCUGUGGGAAGUCAGGAUGCAAGUACAAACACAGACCCAGAUAAGGAAGGUACUUCCCAAGAAGUUGAUUCUGAAAGUGGUAAAAAUCAACAAGUCAUUUCUGCUACCUCAGGCCAUGAACGUUUGAAUGUUCCUCAGCUCAUGAUUCCAGAUAUAUAUCUAAAUGUCAAACUUCCCACUGGAAUAUCAGAGAAACCUUUGUCUCCUUCCCCACCUCAUUUGGCUAGACACACUUACAUAGAUGUGAUUGACAUUGAAGCUGAUGAUCUGUUGGAGUUACCUGCUAAUGAAGAACCUUCAGAUGAUGAUGUUAUCAAGCCACAGAGCCAUCCCCCAGAAGUCCCGUCGUCUGCAGAGUUGCACUGUAUGGCAGCUUCAGUUGUUAAUGCUGUUCCCCCUCAUACUUUUGAGGGUCAAGAAUCUGCAAGUUCUACUCUGGGUUUAAUUUCUGAGCCUGCAAAAAUGACUCAAUCCUGUCUGGAUGAGAAAAGCUGUAGACCAAGUGUUAUGGAAGUCAAGGAGCCUGGGAUCUCCUCAGUGAUGCCAUCAGACAGGCAACAGGACAGAGAUCUGCUAGAACCAAACUUCCAGUUCAAGGAACAGAGCACAAAAUUGGACUCUGGGGAACAAUCUCUGCUUUGGACCCUGCUUCAGGAUGUGCCUGCUGUUUGUCCCACACCAAGCCCUGCUGCUUGCCCCACUCCAAGGCCUGUUCACCCUACUCCUAGCCCUGUUGCUCACCCCACUCCGAGGCCUGCUGCUCGCCCCACUCCGAGACCUGCUGCUGGAAAGUUAGAACGUCUUACUGCCAAACUCCAGGAGAUGGAUGAGCAGCUGUUAACAGUGCAGACCAUUGUGGAGAACAUAGAGCAGGACUUCCCUGCACCAGAAGUACUGAAUCUACACUGGGAAAAGGCUGGACUGGUAGAUCACGUUGAAUUGUCUUCUGGCCCUGAAGUUGAAAAACCGUUAGCUUCAAAAGCCGCUAGCAUUUCUGAAGAAGUGUCUUUCCAGACUCAUGGAGAUGUGGAAGAUCAAAAUGAUACAGAGAAAACUUCAGAGACAGAAUUUUCAGUAACAGAAAAUCACCCUAGCCAGAAAACCUACGUGUGCCCUUCUGCGGGGUCAGCCGUCUGCUCUUCCGUGGACUGGAGUAUCACUUCUCCUGGUGUGAAUAUCAGCAAUGAAUUAUUUGAAAGUGUUUCAGAAGAUCAGCUCCAGGUGACUGGAUUGACUGAUAUUGCUGACAUCAUUGAUGAUCUCAUAACUAAGAGUGGAGUUUCCAGUAAAGAGCUUGGCUUAACAGAAAAACAAGCUAGAAGCAUAUCCAGGAUUCAGCAUCCUUCUGGCAGAUGCCCCCAAAGAACUGAUACGGAGAGAAGAGAGAUUAAAAUCUGGAUGAAAAGAAAGCGAAAAGAGAGAAUGGCAGAGUACUUAAAUCAGCUGGCAGAGAAGAGGGGACAGGAACGUGAUCCUUUCUGCCCUAGAAACAGUCCAUUUUAUAUGACUUCAAGGCAGAUCAGGCAAAGACAAAAGAUGAAACAUGAAAAAGAUAGAUUGCUGUUGUCCAAACACUACAGCCAGCGGAUCUCAGAGGCGUACUCUCUGAUGAAUGAACUGCUUUCUGACUCGGUACAGCUAGCAGCACCUGCAGAUAAACCCUUACCUAAGAGAUCCCCCACCGAUCAGCACUGCACACAGCAACAUUGCUCUUCUCCAAGGAGAGAGAAUCCACAUGGGCAGACUUUCCUAAUAAAUCGGCCUGGACGAGGCAGGCGUAUUUCCAGACCAGGUCAUCUACAAAAGGAGAAACCCUUGGGGCAGCCCCAAGGCUCAUCUCGGCAGCGAGGUUCUAAUAGUCCGUGUCAGAGUCUGAAGCAUACGAAAAGCCAUGGGGCUGUUGGGGCGGCUCCUCCAGUGAAGCAGGUGUGUACAGAGUAUGAGAGAGAAGAGAUGGUGGUGAGUCCCUGGACUCUGCCUUCAGAGAUCCACAAGAUUCUUCACGACAGGCCCAGGGACCUUCUACAGGACAUGUCAUCAACUGAAGAGGAAGAACCUGAGCCCUCUUUUGUGGUGGCUGGCAUGGACAGCGUGUCUGAGAGCACUGGCAGCAUCCUCAGCAAACUUGACUGGAGAGCCAUUGAAGACAUGGUGGCCAGCGUGGAGGAGAAGAACCCGUCUGUCCGCUGGGCCUCAGACCUGUAGGGCCUGGAGAGCACUCUCUUUCCAGGCCCUGGCCAUCAUCUCACUGAGAACUUUGUGGAUCUAAGGCUAGAAAUAAUGGGAAUUUACAACCUGCAGCCCCAGGGUUCCUGGGUUAACCAUUGCAGGAGGGAAAAUAAACAUGUCAGUAAUAUUGCCUUUAUGGAGAGAGGUGGUUGAACUAGAGAAAAGCAUUAUGUUUCCUGUGAUUCAUCUUUAGGUAUCAUUUCAACAAUAUACACAUGUCAAGCAAGGUUUUCACAAUAUUUAAAUUAAUUUGAAUAAAAAAAAAUCUUGUA